AGGCGAAGUUGCGCGGACGAAAGCGCUCAAAGGGGUCUGACGGAGAGGGAGAGGGAGAGGGAGAGGGAGAGGGCGAGGGAGUGGGCGAGGGAGAGGGCGAGAGGGAGAGGGCGAGGCGAGGAGAGGGCGAGGGAGAGGGCGAGGGAGAGGGCGAGGGAGAGGCGAGGGAGAGGCGAGGGAGAGGGAGAGGGAGAGGGAGAGGGAGAGGGAGAGGGAGAGGGAGAGGGAGAGGGAGAGGGCGAGGGAGAGGGCGAGGGCGAGGGAGAGGGCGAGGGAGAGGGCGAGGGAGAGAGCGAGGGAGAGGGCGAGGGAGAGGGCGAGGGAGAGGGAGAAGGAGAGGGAGAGGGAGAGGGAGAGGGAGAGGGAGAGGGAGAGGGAGAGGGGAGAGAGGAGGGAGAGGGAGAGGGAGAGGGCAUGACAAACGAAAUACUGACUGACGCAAUUCCUGUGGGAGACUAU